AUGUGUUGCAACUACAGGAACUCCUGUGGCUAUGGCUACGGAUGCGGCUAUGGCUGUGGAUGUGGCCCCUAUUCUGGCUGCGGUUAUGGCUCAAUCUCUGGCUGUGGCUAUGGCUCAGGAUGGGGCUGUGGAAGAGGCUCCUGCUGUGGGUGUGGAUAUGGCUCUGGCUCUGGCUACUGUGGCUACCAGCCAUUUUGCUACGGAAGAUGUUACUCUUCUUGCUGCUAG